GUAAAACUGAGUCCUCACUUAUGUCAGUGGGACUUCUCUGAAAUCUGAAUAUAUGGUAUGAGGUUCUGAGCUGUGCUAUUUUGGCCACUUUAUGUACAUUUUAUUUCAAUAAGAAACAUUUCUGUAGAUUGUUAAUAUUUUAUUUGUUCUUAAUAACUUUAAUUUGUUUUGUGCAUGCCAGCUCUUGGAGAGAUUACUUACUGGAUGUGGUUCCUGGACUUCUUUUAGAUAUAGCAAAAGAAGAUGCUGAGUUUCGAAAGAACAUUCCAAGGCAAUUGUUAAUGAAAAUGGAUUUAUCUGAUUCAUCCAAACAGUUAAGUAGCUUCCUGAAACGCCUUGAAGGCCAUUUGGAAAAGGGGAGGAAACCGAGAUCAUCCUUUAUGAAAAAAGAUUUUAUUACGAGCAGAUUACCUCCGUUUAUUGGAACUAAUUUGGAUUUUCUCACUCCAGAUGGAACACUACCAAAAAUAGGCAGCACAAUCAGGUUAAGAUUCAAAGACUACACAAUAAUUACAACAGAAUUAGAACAAGAUCUUCCGAAUGAUUCAGUCAAAGAAAUGAUUUUUGUUUAUCACUGCUUAAAGAAUCAAAGGCAGAUCCAUAUGAUGGGGGAUGAAAGUACGAAUAAGGAAGAGAUAGCAGAGGUUGGUUUUAUUUCUGUUUAGCAGAUCUUAUCGUGC